CUGUUUUUAUGCGCUCAAAUUGCAUCUUCUCAAUACACUGACGGCGAUGCUUUCAAAAUAUUGUUGUGAAUUUCAAGAAACAGCCCCAGAAGAUCUGUGCAGUUAUAUUAUAUAUAUAUAUAUAUUAAAAAGGGGGCGUAUAGGCGACCGUGUUCGUCAGAUGUUUAAAUAUGGAUGGGCAGGUCUUGAGACGGCAGCGCGUUUCCAAACUUCGACCGAAUAAAAAUUAGGAGUAUUGAACUACAACGCGGCUAAUGAAAGGCGCCGAGAGGGAAGCCAGCGCGGCCGGAGGCGUUUAGGGCGCCGUUGUCGGGGCCGUUCGGCCAGGCGAGCCCUCGGCUGGCACCGCCCUUCCCGACGGGAGGAUCCCCCCUCAGGCCGACAGAGAGAGGAAGCUCCGCGGUCGGAGGAGCUACGCGCCACAGCCCCAGCGGUAGCCAUUCGUGGAAAAAAAUAGGCCGUCCUUCUGCGCACUUCAGCCAGCCUCCGAUUCCACAGCGUCCGGCCUUUUUUCCCUUAAACAGCUCCUCCGCUUGCAUGAAUGCGGGAUGAGUGAUAGAAAGACGGAAGCGAUGGCGGCGGAGGAGGGCAAGGCUCCCGCUGCUCAUGUUGGUAAUAAAGGCAAAACUUCAGGUUCACAGGACACCCAGCCGUCCCCCCUGGCUCUGCUCGCUGCCACAUGCAGUAAAAUCGGAGGGGUCUCCGGCCAGGGUCCGGCCGCGGGAGCGCCGCAGUUCAUCCUCGACCCGAGCCAGGGCCUCGUGCAGCUUCAGAGUCACGCGCAGCCGCUCGAGCUCGUGCCCGCCGCGCAGCUCGCGGCCGGCGGGUGGCAGAUCGUGGCGGCCGCGCCGUCGAAGGAAAGCGUGGCACAGUCCGGAGCUGUAGCCGCUGCGACCGCCGCCAGUGACAGCACCCUGGGGGGCAAGAGAGCGAAAGCGGCCGGUGUGAACAAUGCGGCGGCACCGAGCAGUCAGCAGCAGCAGCAGCCGCAGCAACAGCAGUUCCAGAUUAUUCAAGUUCAGAACAUGCCCAAUCCGGCAGGCAGCAUUCAGUACCAGGUGAUCCCGCACAUCCAGACGGCAGACGGGCAGCCGAUCCAGCUGAGCGCGGCGAACACGCCUGCGGUGAACGCGCAAUCCGAGCAGAUCCAGCUCAUCCCAGCCGGGAAUAACCAAGUUGUUCUGGCCGCGCAGCCCAGGACGGGCUCGGCUAAUGUGGUCGCCCAGAAUGUGGCGAACGCAGCGGUACCUCUGCAGAUCCGCCCAGGGGUGUCCUUCCCUCUGCAGCUGCAGGCGGUGCAGGGGGCGCAGACGCACGUGGUCACCACGUUGCCCGUCAACAUUGGGGGAGUGACCGUGGCUCUGCCCGUAAUCAACGCCGUGGCAGCGGGGGGAGGGUCCGUCCAGCUGGCGCAGCCGACCGACAGCGGAGCUCCCAACGGUGCCCAGUCGGCGUGCACGCCCACCUCCGGCGUCGUCGGCAGGGCGACGGAAUCCGGCGCGACCCCGUGCACCACCAACUCGGCUAGCGGCGAUUCGGCGGAGGGCGGGACCCUCAACGCGCAGAGCGCCCAGCCGCCGGAGCCAGACGGCCCGAGUCAGACUCAGACGAACGGACUGCAGGAGCAGCAGGGUCAGAUCCAGCAGGUGCAGAUCGUGGGACAACCCGUGGUGCAGCAGAUCCACGUGCAGCCGCCUCUUCAGCAGCAGCAGCAGCAGCUCGUGCAGGGGCUGCAGACCAUACAGACCUUUCCGCAGGUGCUCAUCCGAGCCCCGACCCUGACCCCUUCCGGGCAGCUCAGCUGGCAGACGCUGCAGGUGCAGAACGUCGCGAGCCUGCCCAGCGUACAGGUGCAGAAUGCGGGCGUGCCGCAGCUCACGCUGGCUCCCGUGACGUCGAGCGCGAGUGCUGGCGCGGGCAGCUUCGCGCAGAUCGCCCCCAUUACCCUGGGGGGUACGCCGAUCACGCUGAACGCAGCUCAGCUCACAUCUGGGCCCAACAUCCAGACCCUGAACAUCGCCAACCUAGGAGCUGCUGGAGUGCAGAUGCAGGGGGUCCCUGUGGCCAUCACGGGGGUGCAGGGACAACAGCAGUCUCAGGAUGGGGUGAAGGUGCAGUCUGCACCUGUGACGGUUACCGUGGGCAACAUUGCCAGCGCAACGCUGAACACGGUCAGUCCAGACCAGGCGGCGCAGGUCCAGAGCCCUAUGGAGGAGGGGCAGUCCAGCAAGCGGCUGCGUCGUGUCGCCUGCUCCUGCCCCAACUGCCGAGAUGGAGAAGGCAGGAACAGCGAUCCAGGGAAGAAGAAGCAGCACGUGUGCCACAUGGAGGGCUGUGGGAAGGUGUACGGCAAGACGUCACACCUGCGGGCCCACCUGCGCUGGCACACGGGGGAGAGGCCCUUCGUUUGUACCUGGAUCUUCUGCGGGAAACGUUUCACUCGGAGCGACGAGCUGCAGCGACACCGACGGACACACACAGGCGAGAAGCGAUUCGAGUGUCCGGAGUGCUCCAAGAGGUUCAUGAGGAGCGACCACCUGUCAAAACACAUCAAGACCCAUCAGAACAAGAAAGGGGGUGCUGCACUGGCUAUUGUCACUACAGAGGACAUGGAGGACACGGUGGACGACGUUCUGGCCUCGCCCAGAAUCGUUACCGUGGCGUCAUUAUCACAGGAUUCUAACCCAGGCACACCUGUUGCUUCCAACAGCAUGGAGGAGGAGUUCUAGCCUGCCCCCCUCCCCUCC